UAAAUAUUCUUUCAUUAUCACAUCCGUUAAUUGAUCUGUGUUCUACAAAACAGUAUGAUUAGAAAAGAUUUAUAAAAUAAAAAUCUAGAUAUCUAAAUCGAUGGAGCGUGCCAAGAAAUUAUAUAAAUUGAUUAUAAACAAUAUUUUCCAGACAUUGUGUGUAUGAGAUGCGGAGACGCUUAUGGACGCUCCUAGCUGUUCUGACAUGUGUGUCGGGCGAAUAUCUGAUGGGCGGCCACCUGGACAACAAUGCCGGGUCCCAACAAUCCGGCAAGAUCGAGAAUUCUUCCACAUUAGGGCGUAAGACGCGUCUAGAUGACCUUGACCUGGAUCUCGUGGCGGAGGAGAGUGCCGUUGCCAUUGGCGCUACCGCUGAUACUCCAACCGGCGACAACGACGGCGACGUUCCACGUUACCAUAUUCCGUAUCCUUUCGCCUUCAACGGAGGUAAGCCGUUCUCAUUAGAGAAAGAUCCGAUAACUGGUAAGAUCGACUUCGAGAAGGCACCGCCCGUCAAAGCCCUCAAUUACACCGAUCAUUAUCGCGAGCGUGAGGAUAAAGAGAGCGAGGAUGAUGAUAGAGUCAGUGACGAAAAGGAUGUAUAUCCGGAACGUAAAAAGAACAAGGGCAAGGAGAACGAAGACGUCAGUCCGAACGAGAUCAACACCUAUGCUAAUUUUCACGAUUUCCUCAAUCUGCCCGUUCACUACUCCUCGGACAAAUACGGGAACGACAAGUACCCGUUGAUCUCGAGCUCGUACGCGAACACGAAGGUGCAGAGCGGCGCCAAUAGCUACAGCACAUACAAUCACAGACCUUAUAAUCUCGAGAACGAUCUGUACGUGCGUCCUAUUAAGAAUUCUUACGCGCCGAUAACGAAAACAAGCACGCACAAGACCACGGCUAUCGAUGAUGAUAAAGCGAAGAGGACGAGUCCGCCGACAAUCACGACUUCCGUACCGACCAUGAUUACGAACUCGUCGCGAACAAUGCUUUCUACUUCGACCAAAGCACCUGCUAUAACCACGUGGAAACCGUCCAAUACUCCGAUCGCGUUUCACUCGAUCGAUCGUACGGAGGUGGAAAACGAGAAGAAUCUUCUGCCGAUCGAAAAGCUGCACGCCUCCGGUCACGCGGAAUUUCAUCAAAAUCCGAGCAACGUCCCAAUGCGAACUACGAACGAUGGUACGAUGAUGGAGAAGACGCAAACCGCCCCUCUUCACAAAGAUCAUUCGAAUCUUGAUAACUUUGUGCUGUCUCACACAAAACCUGAAACGAAACCGGCGCAAAAUGAAGAAUAUAGAGAUUCUUAUGACACUUAUGAGUCGUCGGACGGUGAAGGCGAGGGCGACGGCGAUGGUGAAGGUGACAGCGAUGGCAACAGCGAAGAGACCGAUUACUUUUUACCGUUCAAAGAUUUAUUAAAGGAGAUCACAUCGGAAUCUUCCACAACCACUUCUCCAAUAGCAUCGACGGCGGUGAACUCGUCGCGAACAAUGCUUUCUACUUCGACCAAAGCACCUGCUAUAACCACGUGGAAACCGUCCAAUACUCCGAUCGCGUUUCACUCGAUCGAUCGUACGGAGGUGGAAAACGAGAAGAAUCUUCUGCCGAUCGAAAAGCUGCACGCCUCCGGUCACGCGGAAUUUCAUCAAAAUCCGAGCAACGUCCCAAUGCGAACUACGAACGAUGGUACGAUGAUGGAGAAGACGCAAACCGCCCCUCUUCACAAAGAUCAUUCGAAUCUUGAUAACUUUGUGCUGUCUCACACAAAACCUGAAACGAAACCGGCGCAAAAUGAAGAAUAUAGAGAUUCUUAUGACACUUAUGAGUCGUCGGACGGUGAAGGCGAGGGCGACGGCGAUGGUGAAGGUGACAGCGAUGGCAACAGCGAAGAGACCGAUUACUUUUUACCGUUCAAAGAUUUAUUAAAGGAGAUCACAUCGGAAUCUUCCACAACCACUUCUCCAAUAGCAUCGACGGCGGUUACAACCACCACAACCGCCGCCACUACCACGACAACGGUUACCGCAUCGUCGGCAGGAACUACGACAACGGCCGCUAAGACGAUCAUGCCUUCGCGAUCCGUAUCUUCGACGCCGUCCGCGCUUCGAGAAAAUGCGUUGGCAAACAGCCAGCCUCAAUUCCCAAUGAUGCCGCAACAUCCGAUCGUUCCUUCGUCCUUGAACAGUGAUCGAAGGCAGAGUGUCACGGAGCGUUACGAUGAUAUAAUCAGUCACGGAUAUAGACCAAACCCGAUGCCAGUCAAGUUGGAACCGAACAGAAUAGGAGCGGGGACCGUGAUAGAGAGCACGAGCAAUAUUGUGAUUCCGCCGGAUCAGGAUACCGUGUCUUUUGUUCUCGGUAAUCGUCAAAGCGUCGAAGGUGGUUACUAUUCGGUUGGAACAGCCGUCGGAGAGAAUCUUUACGGCAGUUUGUCUGAUACCGACUCCACGCUCUGGCCGCUUCACAACGAUCCGCACAGCCUAACGAUGAAGGGUGUUAAACACGGGCAUUCACCAGCUCAUUCCGUCACUGAAUUACCGAGUCCCGCUCGCACUACGCAAAAAUGGUGGCCACCCAGUCCCCUAAAAACCAGCAACGAGAUCGAACCGAUGAAGUCUCCGAGUCCUCUCGUCGCUAUCGCGAGCGCAAUAAUUCAGGAUACAAAAAACCGAAGCAAAGAAAAAGAUUCUGGCUACGUCAUUUUUCCGAACGAUGAAACGAAGGACAAGGAUGCGGCGACGACGGAGGAGCGUAUCGUGAUCGUAAAUGAGGCGGAUGGCAGCAUUCGUGAGUUAAUUACUCCCAAGACGACGACGUUAACGACGACAAUGGCGACAACGACAACGAAUAAAACAAAGCUCGAUGUUUCGGCGACGAUUGGAGGAGACUUGCCACAGCUCGCCGACGACUUGAUACCUCCUGCGGAAAGUCCCAGGCCACCGUCAUACUACUAUAAUUACCAAUACGAUGUAUCAAGACCGGAUCAUUCAAGAUUACCACAGAGAUCACCUCUGCCGCCACCACCAUUGCGUAUCAAGCCGCACUCGGUGCCUCCGUUGGACGCGGGACUUAGGAAACGUCCAUACUCGCCAGACACGAAGCUGCCUAACAUCCUGCCCCAGUUUCGACCUAACGCAAAAGCGUCACAUGGUCAUCGCGGUCCGGACGCGAUAGGAACGAUGCCAGCCGGGCAAGGCCCGUCAGGUACGAGAAUCAGACAGCCGUUGCCGAGUCAUUUGUCCACCUCACGAAGACCUCUCCACCCACCAUCACCCUCGUAUCUUCAACGUUUGAAUCCACCGCCGCCGCCGAUUCACGCGGUUAGACUAGCUUUCGUGCCGACAUCCAAUGUGGACAACAUCGCUCUGCCGCACGAGACGGAAUCGACGAUACGAACGAGACUUCGCCCUCCGCACGUGGCACCAUCGAUCUCACGCGUAGGCCUGGAGGAGAACGCAAAGUUGUUGGCUCACGGUAUCGGUCAGGCAGGCAUAGCAAGCAAGAAUAGCGAGAGUAGGAAGGAGGAUCAUGGUAAGAGCGAAAUUGUGAACGAACGAGAAAACGAAGAAAGAUACCCGGAAGAACCGCCGAUGACACCGCCAAGACCGCCACUGUUUCCGAAACGACGUACGACAGAUCCUCCGCGCGUCGCGACUCUGCAAAUGAUACAGCAUCACGGUGAAUUGGUCGGUGAGAUCGGUGAGAACGACGAGAACGACGAAAACGAUGAGAGCGAUGAGACCGACGAACCGGUAGAAUCUAUAUUCGCGCAUGAAGCGGAACGUAGAAAAUCUGACAAUCACGAUCCGGCGGAAAUACCCGAGCAACCUGUAUACGUUGUAUAUCCGGUCAACACUGCGGUCAAUAUACAUCCGGAUGAUUCCAACGAGAAGGACGGGAGCGUCGUCGUGGGUACGCGAGGCCCUCACCGACCGCUACCACCCGACACUUUGCUUCAGAACGAUCCGGCGGAAGAGGCACAUACUGUAUACAACGGGAAACCUUUGGUCGCCUUAGAUUUUCCAUAUCCUCUGGAACGGCCCGAUCCGACAUCCGUCUUUCCCGCCGCUAGUGUGAAAGAAACGCCGCUAUUGAUACCCAGCAAGCAGCGGCAACAACAACAACAGCAGCAGCAGGGUUCCGUCGUGAGCGAGCAAGAGAAAAACGGAAAGGACGAGCACCUGGAUGCGGUAAACGUGAUCCCGUAUUUGCAGGACUUUCUACAGACUUCUAAUCGAAAGAAGAAUGACGCGACAAUUUCCGUGACGUUGCAUCGCACUGGAUCGAUCGCAACUGCAUCGACGUCGACCGCCUCGACAUCGACCUCGACGCCAAUCGCUUACGUUUACACGCCGACGCACGCUCCGUAUUCGAUUCAUCGUCUUGAUGAGGACGUCGACGACGAUGAUGAGGACCACGCGGACGCUGCCGCGAAUGUCGAUGUGAAGCAAACGGUGUUACUACCUUCUCAACAACCAUCGAGCUCUUCCAGCUCAGCACCGGCGCCGCAAAACUUUAUGGCCCCUUUCGUCGCCAGUAUAAGCGCCGAGACGCCUAGCAAAAACGGCUGGAGCGUCGUCGUCGUCGAGCCGCCUGCGGGGGCGGAGAGGAGGUCUGAUAGCGACGGAGGCGAGUCGAAGAUUGUUAGCUCGGAGAUCGAAACGCAAACCGAGAAGAACGAAUUUGACGCCGAUAAUUUUAAACCGCAGCUCUUCGGUGGAUUUAAACCGAUCUACGAGUUUCCUAUGGAGGACGCGGUGCGUCGAGACGUCGCCGACGCAAACACCGAAAUAGACACUCCCAGACAUUCCAAGAAACUGCUGUCCGUACCUGAUAAAGGAUAAUUUAUUAAAUAAAAGAUACAGAACUCGUCUCGUUUUGUGUUUCCCUUCGAGCUUUGCUCUCGGACAUUCCGCGCUUGUGCUUGUUUUACUACUUUUCUCGCGUAUACGUAAAUGAAAACGUCGACAAAAGCGAAAGCAAAACGUAAAUUAGUAAGCAAUAGGAAUAAAGAGCGAAUGUCUUUGUGCGCUGCUCGAUGAAAAGACACAUACAUCUUCGUGGCAGAGCCAGCUAAUAAACGACUGUUGUCACUCAUUUUUAUGCCGCCUAAUCCAUAAGAACGUCGUGAUAUAAAAUAAUAUAUAAUUUAUUGCAAUGAUUUGCAUUAAGCUCUGCCUCGUUGAUGUAUAAUAGCGUCCAAUCGUUAGCUAAAUAAAAAAUAUCGGCGAAUGUAUAAAACGCUGAAUAAAAAUAUUAGUAACGUUUUCUUUGUGGGCAAUACUUUUGGAAUAUUUCGUUGUUAUAACUG